GAGCAAGGGCCCAGGAAGGAUAGGGCGCGCAAAGUCCCUAGUUCCCGCUAAUUUCAAGUCGUCUUCUUCUUCCCCAAAUCUGUAAAGCCGAAAUCUUAGUGGGGGAAACGAGAGACAGGCAGUGAAAACCUAGGAUGGAUUCCGGCACCGGAGAAGGCUCGACGAGCUUCACUGACGAUUACGAAACGUUCAUUUCCACCACCGACGUCGAUCUACUGAAGCGAGCCUGGCGAAACGAGAAGGCUGCUCCCGAGAUUCUUCAGUACGAAGCUGCUCUGGUUCACCGCAUCAAAGAGCAAAUUGAAUUAGCGGAACAAAAUGUGGAGGCAUCUGAAGCAGACGGUGAAGAUCCCCUCACCAUGUCGCUUUACCAGAUGGACUUGGACAGAACCCAGUUUCUCUUGCGAUCGUAUCUUCGUGUUCGCCUCCAGAAGAUUGAGAAGUACAUCUUCCAUAUUCUGAAGACUGACGAGUCUCUUAACCGGCUCUCGGACGAGGAACAAACUUUUGCUGCUAGCUGCGGAGAUGAUCUGAGAGCUCAUCUCAAGGAGACGGUUCUAUCGAAACUGCCCACUGACUACAAUUCUGAGCUCAAGCAGUCUGCAGCAAGUGAAGAGGAUGACAUGGUGCCGGCCCCACGACUGGAUUCGUUUGUAAUCUGCAAAGCAAGGCAGUAUAUUUCUGGACUUGACUUUGAGCCUGAAUACAGUCAUGAGAUAACAGAAAUGGAGCGGGAUCUGCUUACCUUUGUAUGCUACAAGUUCAUAAAGAAGCCUUUAGAGAACGGGAAGAUCGAUCUUGUUUGAGAUGAAGCAAAUAGCUUUGCACUGUCCCCAACUGAACUACUGGGGAAAGAUGUGAUGAUAAAGAAGAGGGAGCAUAGUGGGCUUAGAGCGGUUUUCUUUUUGGGCUUUCUCCUCUGCCCUCCAAGUUUCCUUGAGACCUCAGGGGGGAAAUGUGGGCCAUUGAAAAAAUAGAAUAGUUUGGUGAAUCGUAAGCACUAUUGGGCUCAUUCGUUAAUUUGGUCUUGUGGGCUUAAUUUAACUUUUGAGAUUUUCGUGGGAUUUGCUCACGUUCCUUAUUCACAAUUUCACACACAAAAGCUAGAUUUUCACCUAAUCCUAUAAAUUUUUCGAGC